AUGCACCAGCUCAAGGACCUCGCCGGCUCUACGGAGAGCUGCCUGAGGGAAGGGUGCCCGUCGCUGCUUGCCGGCGAGUACCAAGUGCUCACCGUUGCGGCAUUGGAAGAGGAUCGUCCCUCUCCCCUCGAUCUGGACCGCCGAGCCGUCCCCAAGUUUCACAGCGUCGCGGACGCCGGUGUCCAGCGCCGAGAAGAUCUCUCGCCGGCCCGACAUGUGGUUGCUCGCACCCGUGUCGAGGUACCAGGCGAGGUCGCAGGACUGGCCGUCUGCCGCUGCGCGCGCCUGGGAGUGCUCUUCGUUGAGCAGUACGUGCUCUGGCGUGGGUUCGGCCGUGGUGCUCACGUCCGCCGUCGCGAGCAGGAGCGAGCUCUCCUCAGCCCCACCUUGCGCCAGGUGAGCCUCCCCCUUUCGUUCCCGCCGGGGCUCGGUGCAAUCACGGGAGAAGUGGCCAUUUUUGUUGCAAUUGUAACACUUCACCUUAGACAUGUCGCGCCCGCCGUUGCCGGUGUUGUCGCGGCCGCUGCCGCCGCCUUGGCCUUGAGCGUCGUUGCCGCGCCUCUGGUUCUGCGGCUUGCCACGGCGGCGAUUGCCGCCGCCCCCGUUGCCGUUCCCGUUGCCGGCGCCAUUCGAGCCGGACCCCUGGCCCUGCUCGCGCUCCCGGCGCCGCACGUCCCACUGCUGCUCCGUCAUGAGCAACUGGCCGCCUCCGCUGGCCUGAGCCUCCCCGCCACCACAGCGCUCCUCUGCGGUGCGCAGUCGACCGAUCAGCUCCUCGACCGAGAUUGUGGUCAGGUCAAGGAGCGUCUCGAUCGCUACUGCGAUCUGGGCGUAGCGGGCGGGGACGACACGAAGGAUCUUCUGGAUCACGCGCACCUCGUCGACGUUGUCCCCCAGCGUACGCAACUGGUUGACUAGGGAGGUGAUCCGCAUGCCGAAGGAGUCGAGAGUCUCGCCGUCGCGGAAGGUGAUCUGCUCGAACUCCGCGCGCAGUCGUUGCGCGGUCGCCUCGCGCACCCGGUGCACCCCCAUGCGCAUGACCUUGAUGGUGUCCCAGGCCUCCUUCGCCGUCUCCUUGACGACGAGGACGCCGAGCAUCUCCGGGGGAACGGCUCGGAACAGAACGCCGAGCGUCGUCUUGUCGUCGCGCACGUGUUGUGCGUUGCCUUGGAUCGCGUCCCAGAGCCCCCAAGACUCCAGGUGCACCUUCAUCACGAGGGACCACUCGAUGUAGUUCGUGGACGUUAGCGUCGGGAACGUGGUGCCCGCACCGGGCACGAGCGGCGCGCGCUCCGUGGCCGCCGCCUGGUGGAUCACCACCUGUCGCUCCCUCCGUGCGCGGCUCCGUCCACGACUGCGCCCCCGUGGUGGAGUGCGCGAGCGGCUCCCAUCCCCGCCGUCGUUGCGGGGUGCCGCCGCCGUCUGGCUCGGCUGACCUCCGGUGUCAGCCAUGGUGUCAGGAUCGCCGGAAACAGGCUCUGAUGCCAAUUGUCAGAGUCGCUCGAUCUCUCUCAACUCGCCAAACACACAGAGAGGAGAGACAUGAGAUUUUGGCGUCACGUUCAACCUUGUGACUUUUCUGUUUCUUGAUCUCGUCUACUUAUUCUGUUACAAAGAGAAAGAGAGGAAGUGGCCCGAUCCUAGUGCCACGAUCCCUAAAACUCGCGCCAUCCCACGAGUGGGUUUCGUGGCUGACCACCCCGAUCGAUCGGGCAACGAUCGUACCCAGAUCGCCUACAUGCGCGGCUCGCACAACAACUCGCAAGCUCGUGCGCCUAGCUACAUUAUUUCUCUGACGAAAAACAAACUAACUGAAGAAAAACUGCAGCGACUAGAAUAGCUAACAAGGUAUGUUUGAUUUUUAGAAUUGGGCUUAACAGCCUGUUUGCUGUGCUUCAUCUUCUGAAUUGGAAACCAUGGCGUGCCUGAAUAUUUUUUCUAGAACAUGAUGCUUGUUGGUAAUCAUUCUUGGGUGAUUGGAGUGCAUGACUUGAAUGGAUUUCUGAAUUCCAAAUAGUAUGCUGUCGUGAUGUUUGAUUAGGGUCUUCUGUGAAUCCGUACCAAAACCAUGCUUGUAUUUUGUUGUUCCCUCUCUCUAAUCCGGGACAGACACGGUGAUUCUGGUCGGGGCCGUGGCUACGUGAUUCUGGCCAGUGUGCAUCCAUAGUCAGAGGACGCCGAGCCUUCCUCGCUGCCAGCAACAUCAGCUCGUCUCGGCAUGAGAUAAUUUGCUUCAGUUCAUCGAACUACCUGCUGAAACAUGUGUAUUGUUUCUCAAUACAUUGGGCAUCAAUCCACCUCUCAUGAGAUCUCUGAAUUUUCGACGCAUAUUGUAUUUGCUGAAUUAUUUCCUCCAGAUAACUAUGCUUGAAUUCACAAAUGCGUGCAAUGCUUUCAAGUAGAGGUUAGUUCAAUACUUAAGUUGUGCUAUUCCACUUUCAAGUUUUUGGUCCUAGAAGUGUAAUACUUGGUAGGUUAGCUGCAAAAGCGGAAUGUAUAUGGCCUGAAUUUAUAUUUCAGAGUGUAUAAUCUGAUUCAGAGUAUUCUGAAUUUAUAUGGCCUGAAUUUGUAUCUUUCUAUCCUGAAAGAAUAGAAGCAAUUCUUCUA